AUGACACUGCCUACACUGACACCAACAACUACAGUUUCCGAAGUAGCAUUUUUUGCCUACAUGUCUCAUCCAUUGACAAACCCAAGUGGACAACAUAUACUUAAAUUUGACGUGUCAAAGCUAAAUGUUGGAAACGCCUACCAUCUACACACGGGAGUUUUUAAUCCGCCAACUUCGGGUAUUUACGUCAUGGCAUUGGAGUGUGAGGACAAGAGAAUAGCUGUAGUUCAUGCAAACAAAUGUGAUGAUGUGUACGUACGUAUAAAAACGGAUACACAUUCUGGCGACGUAUGGAGUGAUACUUACGGAAGAUCAACAUUUGCUGGAUGGAAGAUAUAUUGA